AUGGCAUCCGAGCCCACGACACCAGUCCGCGUGCCAAAGGCAGCUUCAACGUACACACCCACAACACAAGAUGCAGAUCUAAGGUCCCAGAUCAACUCAGUGCUCUUGCGAGAUGGACAUAUCACAAAAAUCCACGACACCCUCCUUCACACCCUGCACUCUCACCCACAAAACUGGCCUACCCUCCUCCAGAACCACGCACUCUCCCUCCUUCGCUCGGGGACAUGCACAACCUUCCCCGACCUAAUGACACGAGUUCUGCAAGACAUAAAGGACGACACAGAAGCCUCAGCUGCACAUCAGCAAGCCCAAUCACAAAUAAACUCCUCAAGUUCAAGUACAACAGCAGGCUCGCAAUCGAGUUCUCUUCUGAAGGGAAAAUCAAAUGGUGUGACAACAACGACUGGUAGUAAUGGGAAGUUUGGUAAGAAGAAAGGGGAGGAUGGUGGGAUGUUUGUGGGGAAGGGGGAAGGAGGGCAGAGUUUGGCGUUGCCGAGGAGUGUGGUCGAGGAAGGGGUGAAGAUUACGAGGGAGUGUUUAGAGGCUGUCUGUGAGGUUGAUGAGUGA